CAGAAACUCAGCUCACCUGCCGGUCCUCAACACAGAAGCACGGCUCAGGAAACACUCUCAACCAGAUCACAAACAGGGACUGGGGGUUUCAGUAAAGCAACAGUCAGUAUGGAUUACUUCAACCUUUCCCAAACAAAAGGAUUCAGCUCUUUUGGAGGGAAGAAGAGAGAGAAGGAGGGAUGACAGACACGCCUCUCCAUCAUACCUGACUUCUUCAAGAGUCUGACGCUCACGUGUGGAGACUGAAGGGUGUCGGAUAAAUACAUUUACAGUUCAUCUAAAGCGACUUACAGUUGAGGAGGCAUUCAGAAAUUCACCAACAAGAGGCAACACACACUACAAGAGCUGAUUAAACAGAGUGCUCAGAGAAUUAAGUGCUAUCAGGAGGGGUUUAGUUGAAGAUGUCUAGUAUUACCUGUUAUUCCAGGUGAAAUGCACCAGUGUGUUUUGGUGAGUGUGUGUGUUAACAUUUGACCCGCCUGUCUGUGUGUCUGUGCAUGUGUGUGUGUGUGUGUGUGAGAGGGCGACGCCUGUUAGCGUCUCGGAGCAUGUUGAGUGUGUCUGGCACAUUACUGCAGUGUGAAUGGCUAGCCUGCAAUCUAAAACAGCAGGGUGCAUGAACCAACACACGCGUUUCUGACAGUCUAACGGGAUUAAAGCUGCACGUUUUCCAUUUAAAGAGGCUGACGCCUGAAUAAAGUGCGCACAAGUAGUUGAAUCAAGCGAGUUGCAAUGUUGGAACUUGCUAGACGGACGUAAAGGAGACAAAAUAACUCACAAAUGGAGAAGAUUUGAGAUUUCUGUGUGUCUUCGGACAGCUCAGCUUUCUAACGUCGCACCUCUGCAGCAAACGGUGCGAGCGCAAAGACAAAAGGCUCGAUAAUUACAUUUCACAACUCACUGAGCAGCGAAAGCAUCCAACUGGGAUCUUAUUAAGAAAGAUAUUGACUUGUGUCUGACAGAGAGCGCCUGUGACCACUAUUAAGGGCUUGUGCUGUUUAAUUGAAUUGAUCUAAAUAUUGAUAAAUAGAGGUUGAUUAGAAAACAAAUGCGUAAUCAGUGCUCUACACUCAUGAUGCGCACCUGGUUCUGGUUGUAUUUGAGUGAGUGUCGAGUGAAUGCUGUAAUCCGCACAUAAGCAGAACUGUUAGAGUGGAGGAGUUGUGUGGGACUGAGUUUUCCUCAAGCGUGUUGAGUCUCUCACCUCAGUCUUUUAUGUGCAACCGAUUACCGAUUCGUCCUGCGUGCAACAUGCAUUUUUAUCCAGCUGAGGUCAAGUCACAGUUUUAGAGAGAUGAGAAACAGCUACGUGGAGAGACUCGAGUAGAGGGAGAUCUGAGCGAGAGUGAACAGGUGGAGGGGUAAUGGAAAAGACACAAAGGAUGAAGUGCAAACAGCCAAACUUUCCUUGAGUGUCUGCUGAGAAUGAACACUAGAGACUAUUGAUUUCAGGUGUGACUGGUGCAUGAAGCUGUGCUCGUAUUUACUGUUGUCCACUGGAAACUCAAGGUGAAGCUCAGCCAGUCUGAUGGGAAUCUGCAGUUAGGAGUUUUGCAUUAAGGCUAAAGAUUUGUCAGGUUUUGUUCAAGGCUGCUUGGUUUGAAAGUAACCUCUCUGUCAUCUGUGUGGAUCUUCAAACAUCAGGACUAUUAAUAAUGGAUGCUUUUGAGAUUUCUAAACUGUGAAUACAAAGUCAAGACCUUCACCUACUGUUAAAUCCCAAAUGAAAGGUCCUGGAAUUCAUGACAGAUUCUCCAGUAAAGUAGAUCCAGCACACUGAUCCUGCUGCUCUGCUUUUCAUCUAACACUUUGACCAAAAUGCUUUGGAGUUAAUCUGACUCUUUGCUAAAUCCAACACUUCAUUCUGAAACACAGCGAGGCAGGAGUGAUAUUCGCUCUCGGAAAGCUGCAGAUCUCUCCAGAACAAACAUUCAAUCUAUCCAAUCCUCCUUCCAUCACUUUAGACUAAAUCACUAGAUGUUACGCAAGCAUCCACAUGCAGCAUUUACUGAUCGAGGAGUAAUUUCAGAAAAUAAGACAGCGCCGGUGGAAGUGGUCUUGAUAAAAGCGUGAGAGAAAGCAGAGAACCACAAUUUCAUGCUGAUUUUCUCUGAAUUAAGCUCAUCAAUGGGGACGGGAGGAGAAGAAGCGCUGCACUACACUGUUUCACAUCAAGCACAAAUGGACUUCUCUACAGAACGGCCUUCAUUUGAUUUCACACUCCACAUUAGACUUGAGGAGAUGACCGUCCUACAGAAGAGCUGAGGAGGAUGAAAUGGAGUGCUGUUGAAUGACUUCUUGCAUGUGUGUGUGUGUGUGUUUGUGUUUGUGAAAUACUUUACAGCGUUUAUGCUGUGGAUGCAAGUAUUUACAUGGAGUCAUUUAGCAGACGCUUUUGAUGACUUAAAACUGAGGAGGCAUUCAGCGAUUCAACAAGAAGAGGCAAUACACUCGACAAGAGCUGAUUAAACAGAGGAUUGUUUAUCUUACUGGACUGUGAAAAGCUGAACAGACUGUCUGGGAGAUGCUGAACUAGCGCUGAUAUUCUGAUAUACUGUGACCUGAGCUGGUUUGCGUGAAGGAGUUGGAGGUCUGAGGUCAGGAUGGGGUGUAACAUGUGUGUGGUGCAGAAGCCUGAGGAGCAGUACAGGGUCAUGUUCCAGGUGGGCAGUGGAGACCUGUCUGCUCUGACUCAGGAUCAGUCUCUGCGCUGCCGGAGGAACAUCAGAUGGACUCAGAGGAGGAGAGCCGGGGUUCAGGGAUCCGCUGGCGGGACGGUGCUGACAGCAGAGUGUGUGGACAGCGGGACGCAGACGGACAUCAGCUUCAGCUUCCAGCACAUGCUGACGGCAGGCAGAUCUGGACACCACAACAGACCAGCGACGCCACCGUCACCACCACUGCCACCAGUGCCCGAACCAUACCUCUUCAGCCAGCUCGCUCCUGUGGAUCAUGUUUACUACGACCCAACAGACUACUUCGACAUCAGUCAGCAUGAGGUGGACAGACAAGAUGACCUGGAGUACGAGGAGGUGGAACUGUAUAAAUCAUGUCAGCAGGAUAAGCUGGGCCUGACGGUGUGUUAUCGGACCGAUGAUGAAGAGGAUCUGGGCAUCUACGUGGGGGAGGUCAACCCGAACAGUAUCGCAGCUAAAGACGGCCGAAUCCGAGAGGGAGACCGAAUCCUGCAGAUUAAUGGGGUGGACGUCCAGAACCGAGAGGAAGCCGUGGCCAUCUUGACCAGAGAGGACAGCACCAAUAUCUCUCUGCUCCUGGCACGACCAGACAUCGAGAAUGAGGCUGAUGAUCUGGAUCUAGAAUUGGGCAUGGGCUUGGAUCUGGAGGACUUGGAGAACGCCUCAAACCUACCCAGCCCACAUCACCAUAGCAAAGCCAGCUCCCUGCUGAGUGACAUCAGUGGGAUUCGAGCUAAUCGGCCGAAUUUGUGGCACACGGCCCUCAAUAACAGCCAGGAGCUGGACAGCGGUGUGGGACGUACAGAUGAAAGCACACGCUGUGAAGAGUCCUCAGAGCUGGCUGAAGAUGCCACCAGUGCAUGCACCACCAACGCCACCAAUACGCCUGGCAGUCUGCGCAAGUUUAGAGUGGCUCAGCAUGGAUUUGAGUUCCACUACAGUAAUGACUCUUUACUGGGACCAGAUGGGGUGGAGCAUGGAGCUCCUGAAUCACUGGGAUUAAGCAAAGUGCCAGGGUUAACCGAAGAAGAAUAUGAGCGCUACCGAGAGCUUCUGGAGAUCCGGUGCCUUUACGAGAAGAACGGAAAUGCACUUCUGUAUUUGGAUGGAAGAAACCAGUGUGACUUUGCAGGGGGAAGCAUUCCUGUUGACAUGAAUUGCAACGAGAGUUUGAUGCAGCACGAAAUUGCUCUUCUUGAUGAGGAAAUACGUCAUCUGGAGUUUAAAUGGCGCAAUGUCUUGCGCGCACAAAAGAUGCAGCAGUUGCGCCAACGCUGCUUAAAGGUCUGGCCAGCCGAUGAAGAGGACGAUGAUGAAAAAGGAGCAAAGGCAAGAUGUGGAGGAGCAGAAUCAAUCCAUCAUGACCUCUCGGAUAUCAACGAGAUUCCAGAAAGGGAGCGUUCUGAUAAGGAAAGCACAAGUGCAUAUAAUACUGGAGGGGAAAGCUGUAGGAGCACACCUCUAGCUAGUGAACGAAACCCUUCGCUGUCCGCAGCUGGAGACUCCAGUGCCUCUGCAACCAUGCGACCUCGGACACCACGUCACAAAACAAGGGAUAGGACUCCAAAUUCUGCAGACACCAAGAAAAAGAGCGAGGAAUUGGGGGACGUCAAAAAUCCAGGAGCAAGGGUUAGGAACGGCAGCAGUAGGAAGGGUUUGGAUGGACCUCGAAGGGGAUCCCACACAAAUGGAGCUAGUGGGGUAGUAAAAGGGGGAAGGAGUGCUGAAAAUAGUCCAUAUCUGUCCCGCCGUCACUGCAGCACCACACUGCCUCAACGCUACCAAAGCUGCAUGCAACUGAGAGAUGUGACUCUCAACGAUGGGAAUAUUGAAGAGGAUCCUACUCACUCCAGCACUACGCCUUGUACUAAUAAAGACACCACUGCAACUACCUUGAACAUCCCACCUUCAUCUUCACCUAGGAUGGAGUGGAAGGUCAAGAUACGCAGCGAUGGUUCCAGGUAUGUCGCUAAACGUCCUGUAAGAGAUCGUUUGCUGAAGGCUCGCGCCAUGAAGAUUCGUGAGGAGCGCAGCGGGAUGACCACAGAUGAUGAUGCGGUGAGUGAAAUGAAAAUGGGCCGAUAUUGGAGCAAAGAGGAGCGCAAGCAGCAGCUACUGAGAGCCCGAGAACAUCGGAGACGACGCGAGUUCAUGAUGCAGAGUCGACUGGACUUCUUGAGGGAGAAAGAAAAGGAGCAAGACUCCGGACCACAGGCUUCCAUACUGGAGCUGAGCCAGAAGAAGAGCAUGAAGAAACGCAGCCGACGCAUCCUGGACAACUGGAUCACCAUUCAGGAGCUGCUGGCUCAUGGAUCCAGUUCUGUGGAUGGGAAGAAAGUCUACAACCCUUUGCUGUCCGUGACCACUGUCUGAUCCACAACCAGACUCAAUUUAAUAGGAGUGAAGAUGAUUGGAUUACAAAGUUUACCUUAGUCUGAGGAGAUGCCUGGAAGAAUACUGAAGAAUCAUUGAUUGUGGAUAUAAACAUGACAAACACAAGGCAGAAAGGCAGAAUGGCAAAUGAAUGUAAUUGUUUUCCUAAUCUGUUUGUAAAAAUGGCUUUAAUGCUUGAAAUUUCAGUCACUCGAGACUGUUACAAUCCAGCGCUGAGGAUCUUGAGCAUUUCUAGCUAGGUUAAACAUUCAUUCAUAAAGACUUCUCAGUUUAAUAAAGCUGUGAGCAAGUUUGGUCCUGGAGAUGCAGGGUUUAGUUUGACACUCAAAAUAAUUGAGUAAAACCAGUGUGUGAAUUACAGGGGGAUUGAUUCCUAAAUGAAUGCUUACUCCCCUCUGAAGGACGCCAAACAAGAUCUACACUACCUGACAAAAGUAUUGUUGCCUAUUCAAGUUUAAGGAACACAAAUAAUAACUGGACUUCUAGUUGAUGAUCUGGUAUCAGAAGUGUCUUAUAUGAAAGGUAAAGGCCUCUAGAUGAGGCUUAUUUCAGCACAAUAAAAUCUGAUCAUGACUUGAUUAUUAAUGAUUUGAUUAGGACAGUAAGGUCUGACUCUGCUUAGACUAAAGUCUGCUCACUGAACCUUCAAUAAUGUCCAGUAUAGAAUAUGUGCUCAUGCUGCAGUGGAAACAGAAUGAAUAUUGUGUCUGACUCCAUCAUGAGCUUGGAGGACUGCAUCCAUACAUCUCUGACAUGACUCAAAUCACUGAUUAAUAAAGUCAUCUGGAAUGGUGAAGAAAGCCUUCUUGCAGGACUCCCAGAGUUCAUCAAGAGUCUUUGUGUUCAUCUUCAACGCCUCCUCCUUCAUCUUACCCCAGACGUGCUCAAUAAUGUUCAUGUCUGGUGACUGGGCUGGCCAAUCCUGGAGCGCCUUGACCUUCUCUGCUUUCAGGAGCUUUGAUGUGGAGGCUGAAGUAUGAGAAGGAGUGCUAUCCUGCUGGAGAAUUGUCCCUCUCCUGUGGUUUGUAAUGUAAUGUGCAGCACAAAUGUCUUGAUAUCUCAGGCUGUUCGCACGCCCCCAUACUGAAUGAACCCCAAACCAUGAUGACUCCUUCACCAAACUUGACUGAUAUCUGGGAGAAUCUUGUCUCUAUGUGGGUUCCAGUAGGUCUUCUGCAGUAUUGGUGAUGAUUGAUGCAGAUCAACAGAUGAUUCAGCAGAGAAAUCCACCUUCUGACACUUUUACACAUCAUCAACUAGAAGUCCAGUUAUUAUUUGUCGGUAGUGUAUAAGGGUAACCCAUUUAAAUGGUGAGAAAUAUUUAGCUCUGAUCUGUAAAUAAAAUAUUAAUAAUGAAAAUAAUAAAUAAUAUAAAUAUACAUUUAACCACCCCUAUAAUGGUUCAUACCAUUGUGAGUGCAUAAUCGUGCCAAUCAGUCUACAUGAGAAAAACCAUUCAUCAGUCUGAAACUGGAGGAUUUACAGCACUGAUAGAGUUCACAAGACUUUCUACAUAUAGCCUACAAGUAUAGUCAAAUUAGACACAGUUUCUAUAGUUUGACCAACAGUAACUUCUGAAAUAGCUAAUCAGAGGACAAUGUAGGUCAGAAUACACUAAACAAGUACUGAAAACUUCACUAAGUUGUAUUAAUCAAUUUCAAUUUAAUUAACACAUCAUUCUGAUUCACUUGAUGAUUUUCGAUCUGUAAUUGCCAGCCUGAGUAAAACUCUCCAGGACUGCGGCUCCUCUCCAAGACCAAACUUGAUCACCUCUGAUCAAAGACAUGUUAAUGAUCAGGGAAAAAAAAAAUCACUGAGCAAUCACGAAUUCUGUUGUUUAAACUGAUGUUGACUAUAGUUAAUCAUCUGACAGUCGACUACUUUUAAUAUCAGUUGCAGAAAACAUUGAGCUUUUUUCAGGAAAGUUGAUCUGGUGGCUGAUUAAGAAUCUGCUGCUGUUGUUUUGGAUUAAUAUGUCUUAUUAUGGUCUUAAUAACUUAAUCUGGCCGUCUACACUGGUAAAUCAAGAAGUCAGCAGCAGAAAGACUAAAGAUAAAGCCCUCACUUUAACCACUGGGUUGAUUCCACUGUAGAAGCACAUGAGUCAUUGAACAAACAAGCCAAAAAGCACAUUAAAAACAUUUCAGCACACAAAUAUUGGCACAGCCAAUGGAAAUGCCUGUUUUCUGACGCAGACAUGCUCCAAAAACUAUUAUUUGACUGUGUAUUUUUUGUGGUACAUUUGUUAACGCUCAAGGAAAGAAAAACAGAAGACAUUAUCACUCUUUAAAUAAUAAUUCAGCUUGCAUAAUCUGAUCUGAAAGCGUUUCUUUAUUAUUGUAAACUGCAUGUUGGUCUGGGAAAUGUUUCAGUUCUGUUGUGUGAAACUGUCGAGUGAAUCGUUACUGUGUCUGUUGUAAAACUGAACAUUAUCAGGACAUUAAUGCUGUAUAUCCUGCACAACUGCUCAUCCUAAAGCUCUAAAAUAAGGGAAUUUCUGAUACGGCAAUG